AUGGGGCUCAUUUCAGGGAUGUUUUUGGGGAUCAUCUUUGGGAUCGGGUUGAUGGCUGGAUGGAAACACAUGAUGCAGUAUCGAAGCACCAAACGAGUUGCUAAGGCAGUUGAUAUAAAAUUGCUUGGGUCGCUCAACCGAGAUGAUUUGAAGAAAAUAUGUGGUGAUAAUUUUCCUGAUUGGAUUUCUUUUCCUGCUUUUGAACAGGUGAAAUGGCUAAACAAGCAAUUGGGAAAAUUAUGGCCAUUUGUUGCAGAUGCAGCUACAAUGGUGGUUAAAGAAUCUGUUGAACCGCUAUUGGAAGACUACCGACCCCCAGGGAUUACUUCUUUAAAGUUUAACAAAUUUUCUCUUGGAACUGUGCCACCUAAGAUUGAAGGCAUUCGUGUUCAGAGUCUCAAGCCAGGUCAAGUUACCAUGGAUAUUGAUUUGCGGUGGUGUGGUGAUCCAAGCAUCAUUUUAGGCGUUGAAGCUGCACUUGUUGCUUCCAUACCCAUUCAAUUGAAAGAUCUUGAAGUUUACACUGUUAUCCGUGUUAUCUUCCAACUUGCUGAAGAGAUUCCAUGCAUUUCUGCUGUCGUCAUUGCUCUACUUUCUGAGCCAAAGCCGAAGAUUGAGUACAUUCUCAAGGCUGUUGGUGGAAGCUUGACAGCCCUUCCCGGAGUAUCAGAUAUGAUUGAUGAUACUGUGAAUACAAUUGUUACGGAUAUGCUUCAGUGGCCCCACAGGAUUGUUGUUCCACUUGGUGGUAUCCCUGUUGACACGAGUGAAUUAGAGCUUAAACCACAAGGAAAGCUUACGGUGACGGUAGUGAAGGCAAAUGACUUGAAGAACAUGGAAAUGAUUGGAAAAUCUGAUCCUUAUGCAGUUCUAUUCAUUCGGCCAAUGUUCAAGGUUAAAACACAAGUUGUUGAUAAUAACCUCAAUCCUGUCUGGAAUCAAACGUUUGACUUGAUUGCUGAAGACAAGGAGACACAGUCGCUUAUUCUUGAGGUCUUCGAUAAGGACAUUGGGCAAGAUAAGAGAUUAGGAAGAGCAAAAUUGGCUUUAAAUGAGCUGGAAGCUGAAACUUGGAAGGAGGUGGAGUUGGGACUCCUCUCAUCAUUUGAUACCUUGAAGGUUAAGGAUAAGAAAGAUAGAGGAACUAUCACAAUUAAGGUCUUCUACCAUGAAUUUAACAAGGAAGAGCAGUUGGUUGCUCUAGAAGAAGAGAAGAAGAUCGUAGAGGAACGAAAGAAAUUAAAAGAAGCAGGAGUUAUAGGGAGCACCAUGGAUGCGCUUGAUGGAGCAGCAUCACUGGUGGGAUCAGGUGUUGGAAUGGUGGGAACUGGUGUUGUUGGUGGUGUCGGGCUUGUGGGAACUGGUGUUGGUGCUGGUGUCGGGCUUGUGGGAAGUGGCCUCGGAGCUGUUGGCAGUGGCCUGAGCAAAGCAGGAAGGUUCAUGGGCAGGACCAUCACUGGGCAAUCCAGCAAGAGAAGUGGCACCACAACUCCAGUCAAUAGUGUGCAAGAAAAUGGUGGGGCAAAGCCCCUGUAG